AUGAAUAAUGAAAUAACUUGUUUUGUGCCUUUAGUGAUAUUUAUUCCAGAAGAACAAUCGUAUUUGAAUCUAGCGGCAGAAUUAGCAAUUAACAGACAUAAUUUGUUGCAAGACAAUAUGUCAGAUAACUAUGUAACUGUAAAUUUUCAUAAAAUUAACCACAGAGAUCCACGUUCAUGGAGUAAUUCUAUCAAAAAUGUUUGCUUAAAUAUUCAAAAUGAUACGAUAGAACAUCCAGAUCUUUUAAUCGAUCUUACACCACCAUCGCAAGCUAGUUGUGGCAUUCAGAAAUUAGCUCAACAAAUUGAUUCCGGAAUUAUAACGCUUAAUUAUUAUGACUGCCCGCCGUUAUACAUUAAUCAAACUCUCCUUAAUAAAUCAAAUCUCAUCACAGAAUUGAAUAUACCUUCAGUAAACUUCCCUCCUGAAGCAGUGGCAUCUGCAAUAUCUGUUUUUGGAAAUACAAUCGCUGGUUCUCUUCGAACAGAGACUAUAAUUAGAGGAAGCGAUGAGACUGGUUCUCAAAUCACAAUUUCAGACUAUCGUGACUAUCCGUCUGUGAGACGGUUCUAUCUUACUUUGCCGUCACAACUGAAUGAAUCACAAUUAGCACAGUCCCUAGAAGAAAUAAAAAACGUGGUUAUGAAUAAAUUAUGGCUAUUAUUAGUUGAUUCGCAAACAGUGUGGAAUAUACUUACAACUGUAGCUAAAUUCCAGCAAACCGAUGUACAAAAUUGGAUAAUAUAUGAAGAGCAUGUUAAUUGUAAUUUCUUAUGUAUGGGAUCAGACGUAACUGGAAAACGAAACUGUUUAACAUACAGCAAUUUAAAUAAACUUUAUUGCCUGAAAAUCGGUACAUCCGGUGCAGAUAAAAACGAAUUGGAAAUGAUACAAAACUAUUACGGAAUAAUUUGGAAUAAUGAAUCUUUUAAACAAUUUGUUGCAUUGAGUGCAUAUGAAACCGUUAAAUCUGGUUUAUUGGCACUGAAUUCCUUACUAGUCGAUAAUCAAUGGCCAGAAAGCACAAAAUCAACAAACUCAUCAAGAAAAAUGUGUGAUUCAUCGAUGCCCACUAUCGAUUCCACAAUGAGGUUUUAUCGUUAUUUAGAAGCCAUAACCAGGCCGUUCAAAUUUCUAAGAGAUUCAACUAACGCACUAAAAGAAGCCAGACAUAAUAAAAAGAUUAUGCAAAUGACUGAUCAUGAAUUUGGUCGUCUACUAAACUUGCUUAUUCAGCAAACUACACACAACUUAACACAAGUGGAGCGAACUAAAUUAGAGACAUUAAUCACCAUACAUCUUCAUCAAAAAGAUAUUUUCUCAUCAUUAGUUAAAGACCGUAUCAAAUCACCAACAGAUUUUGAUUGGCUUAAACAAACACGUUUCUACUAUUUAGAAGAUUCAGAUGUAUGUCUAAUUUCAAUUACCGACGUAAAUUUCAUUUAUCAAGAUGAAUUUAUCGGAUGCACAGAACGACUGGUUGUUACACCACUUACAGAUCGAUGUUAUAUUACACUUGCACAAGCGAUUGGUAUGUCUAUGGGUGGUUCACCAGCUGGACCGGCAGGAACUGGCAAAACGGAAACAGUGAAAGACAUGGGUAGAUGUUUAGGAAAAUACGUCAUUGUAUCAAAUUGUUCUGACCAGAUGGAUUUUCGUGGUUUAGGCAGAAUAUUCAAAGGUUUAGCACAAUCUGGUUCUUGGGGGUGCUUUGAUGAAUUUAAUCGUAUCGAACUACCUGUGUUAUCAGUAGCCGCUCAACAGAUUGCUAUCAUAUUAACAUGUAAAAAGGAGCGUAAACCUCAGUUUGUGUUUACAGAUGGUGAAAUUAUAACUAUGAAUCCACAAUUUGGAAUAUUCUUGACCAUGAAUCCUGGUUAUGCUGGACGACAGGAAUUGCCUGAAAAUUUGAAAAUCAACUUUCGAACAGUAGCAAUGAUGGUGCCUGAUAGACAAAUCAUUAUACGUGUUAAACUUGCAUCAUGUGGCUUCAUUGAAAAUAUUAUAUCAGCACAAAAGUUUUAUACGUUAUAUAAAUUGUGUGAAGAACAGUUGAGUAAACAGAUUCAUUAUGACUUUGGGCUACGAAAUAUUCUUUCCGUGUUGCGUACACUAGGUGCAGUAAAACGUGCCAAUCCAAAUGAUACGGAAUUCGAAACAGUAAUGCGUGUAUUGCGUGAUAUGAAUCUCAGUAAAUUAGUCGGACCUGAUGAACCUCUGUUUUUAUCGCUACUUGAUGACCUAUUCCCUGGUAUUUCAUUAGAUAAAGGUGGCUAUCCAGAUCUUGAAAAAGCUAUAAAACAAAAUCUAGCAGAAUCACAUUUAAUUAGUCACCCACCAUGGUUUCUUAAAGUUAUACAAUUGUAUGAAACUCAACGUGUUCGUCAUGGUAUGAUGACAUUAGGACCUUCAGGUACUGGUAAAUCUUGUUGUAUUCAAGCUUUGAUGAAGGCAAUGACUGAGUGCUUUGAACCACAUCGUGAAAUGCGUAUGAAUCCGAAAGCGAUUACAGCUUCACAAAUGUUUGGACGUUUAGAUGUUGCUACAAAUGAUUGGACAGAUGGUAUAUUUUCCACGCUAUGGAGAAGAACAUUGAAAGCCAAGAAGGGUGAACAUAUCUGGCUUAUAUUAGAUGGUCCAGUUGAUGCAUUAUGGAUUGAAAAUUUGAACUCGGUUCUUGAUGACAGUAAACUUUUAACACUGGCUAAUGGUGAUCGUAUUCCAAUGGCACCAUGUUGUAAGAUUAUUUUUGAAGUGGAUAAUGUUGACAAUGCGUCACCAGCAACUGUUUCAAGAAACGGUAUGGUAUACAUUAGCACAACUACAUUACCUUGGUUGCCAAUACUACAAGGAUGGUUAAUGUCACGUGGAAAAAGUGAAGCUGACCAGUUGUUGCAAUUAUUUACGGCAUCGUUUGAAAGUGUGUACCAAUAUGCAACUAGGCAUUUGAACUUUAAGAUGAGUGUUUUAGAAGCAUUUGUGAUUCGUCAAGCUUGCGAUAUCCUGAGUGGAAUAUUACCUAAGCCAGAAGAAAAGGAUUCUCCAUCGAUAACAUUCAAGUAUAUGGAACGUAUAUACAUAUUUGCAUUGAUGUGGAGUAUUGGUGCUUUUCUUGAAGGUGAUGAUCGUGCUAAAUUCGAGGCAUAUUUACGGAAACAUGAAACUGUAAAAUUUGACCUACCAGAAAUCUCUACAGAAUCACACUCCACAAUAUUUGAUUACUUAGUAAAUGAUCUAGGUGAGUGGAUUCAUUGGGAUACAAAAGUUGAUGAAUUUCUAUAUCCAACUGAUCAUACACCAGAAUAUUCCUCGUUACUUGUACCGAAUGUUGACAAUGUGAGGACAGAAUUUCUUAUAGAUUUAAUUUCCAAACAACAAAAAUGUGUACUGUUAAUUGGUGAACAAGGUACAGCUAAAACUGUGAUACUCAAUAAAUAUUUAAGUAGUCAGAAUCCUGAAUUUCAUAUAUUCAAAACCUUGAACUUUUCAAGUGUUACGACACCGUUGUUAUUUCAACGUGCAAUAGAAAGUUUUGUCGAUAAACGGAUGGGAAGCACGUAUGGUCCACCAGCUGGUAGAAAAAUGACAGUUUUCAUCGACGACAUCAGUAUGCCGUUGAUAAAUGAAUGGGGUGAUCAGGUAACAAACGAAAUUGUCCGCCAAUUGAUUGAAAUGAAAGGGUUUUACAAUCUAGAAAAACCAGGGGAUUUUACAUCAAUUGUUGAUGUUCAAUUCUUAGCAGCCAUGAUACAUCCAGGCUCCGGUCGAAACGAUAUACCACAUAGACUAAAACGACAUUUUUGCAUUUUCAAUUGCACCUUGCCAAGUAACACAUCUAUCGACAAAAUAUUUGGUGCAAUAGCUCAAGGACAUUAUUGUCCUGAAAGAGGAUUCACAGAUUCUGCAGUAACCGAAACAGUCAAGCUUCUUGUCCCGUUAACACGGAUUUUAUGGCAAAAAAUUAAAAAUAAAAUGUUGCCAACACCAGCUAAAUUCCAUUAUAUUUUUAAUCUACGUGAUCUUAGUCGCAUAUGGCAAGGAAUGAUUGGUACAAUACCUGAAGUGAUCAACAAUACAGAACGAUUAAUGAUGUUAUGGCGUCAUGAAUGCUCACGCGUAUUAGCAGACAGAUUUGUAUCAGCAGAUGACCACCAGUGGUUUCAUAUGACAACUAAGCGUUUAGUUAAAGAAGAACUUGGGAUGGAAUAUAUGACUGCAAUUGAAGGCGAUCCAUCAUACUUCGUUAAUUUUCUUCGUGAUCCACCUGAACCAACCGGUGAUGAACCUGAAGAUUAUAUCGUUGAAGUACCAAGGAUUUAUGAACCAAUCGAAUCAUUUCAACAAUUAACUUCACGUUUGGAGAUGUUUUUACAUCAGUAUAAUGAAUCUGUCCGUGGUGCAAGAAUGAAUCUAGUACUUUUUCGGGAUACAUUAACACAAAUUGUGAGAAUAUCUCGAAUUAUAUAUAUGCCUCGAGGUAAUGCUCUGCUGGUUGGUGUCGGUGGGUCUGGGAAACAGUCAUUUACAAAACUUGCGUCUUACAUCGCUGGUUAUCAAACUUUUCAGAUUACAUUGACAAGGUCCUAUAAUACUACAAAUUUAAUGGAAGAUUUGAAAUUCCUAUAUCGUACAGCAGGUCAAAAAGGACGUGGUAUCACAUUUAUCUUUACCGAUCAAGAGAUUAAAGAUGAAGCUUUUCUAGAAUACUUAAAUAAUGUUCUUUCCUCUGGUAUUAUGUCGAACCUCUUUACACGUGAUGAAACGGAUGAAAUUCUACAAGAUUUAAUCCCUUUUAUGAAAAAAGAGCAUCCACGUUUAACACCAACUAAUGAAAAUCUAAAUGAUUAUUUCCUCAGUAGAACGCGAAAGAAUCUCCAUGUUGUUCUGUGUUUCUCCCCAGUUGGUGAGAAGUUUCGUAUUAGAUCAUUAAAAUUCCCUGGAUUAUUAUCGGGAUGUACAACUAACUGGUUUCAUCGUUGGCCAAAAGAAGCUUUAAUCUCUGUAGCUAAUCAUUAUUUGAUUGAUUUCCCGAUUGUCUGUAAACAACAGACAAAAACUGCUUUAAUCAAUACGAUGGGUAUAGUACAUGAUGGGAUAGCUGAAGCGUGCAUAGAAUAUUUCUCAAGAUAUAGACGACAAACUCACGUCACACCAAAAUCUUAUCUAUCAUUUUUAUGCAGUUAUAAAUCAGUAUAUUCGCAACAACAUAACCAUUAUGCGAACUUAGCCCAACGCAUGGAUGGUGGUUUACAAAAACUAGUUGAGGCUCAAGAGAGUGUUGCUCAGUUGAGUAAAGAGUUGGCCGUGAAAGAAAAAGAUCUUGAUAUUGCUAAUAAAGAAGCCGAAGAAGUACUUCGGACAGUCACUGUUCAACAAAAUGCAGCAACCGAAGUAAGAAACAAAGUGCAAGUUGUUAAAGAUAAAGCUCAAGCUAUAGUUGAUGACAUUGAUCGUGAAAAGGUUUUAGCGGAAGCGAAAUUAGAAGCAGCUAAACCAGCCCUACAAGAAGCUGAAGAUGCAUUGAACACUAUAAAACCAGGUGAUAUUGCUACAGUUAGAAGAUUAGGAAAACCACCACACCUAAUUAUGCGUAUCAUGGAUUGUGUGUUGCUUUUGUUUCAACGUCAUCUUGAACCAUAUCAACCUGAUCCAGAACGGACCUGUCCGAAGCCUAAUUGGAGUGAAUCUUUAAAGCUGAUGACAAAUACUGGUUUCUUGUCAAUGCUGAUGUCCUUUCCAAAAGAUACUAUUAACGGCGAAACUGUUGAAUUGUUGGAACCAUAUUUAAAUAUGGAAGAUUAUACACUAGAAGUCGGUAAAAAAGUUUGUGGUAACGUCGCUGGUUUGUUAUCAUGGACAAAAGCAAUGGCUUACUUUUAUACAAUCAAUAAAGACGUGUUACCAAUGAAAGAUAACUUAAUAAAACAAGAAGCUAGAUUAGCUAAAGCUAUGCUUGACUUGAAUGAUGCUCAAGCAAUACUUGAUGAAAAAGAACUUGAGUUAGCUAAAGUUCAAGCAGUUUAUGAAGAAGCAUUACGUAAGAAAAAUACACUACUUGAGGAUGCUGAACUGUGUCGACGUAAGAUGACCGCCGCUUCAAAACUUAUCGGGAGUUUAGGAGAUGAACAAACACGCUGGACAGAACAGAGUCAGGCAUUUAAAGAAAAUGUCGAAUGUCUUGUUGGUGAUGUACUUGUUGCAACUGGAUUUCUUUCUUACUGCGGUCCAUUCAAUCAAGAGUUUAGACAAAUGUUAUACCAGUCAUGGCAGAGAAUGUUAAGACAAUAUAAUAUACCAGGAUCUACAAUAGUUAACUUAAUUUCCAUGUUAACUCGACCAACUCAACUUGGCGAAUGGAAAAUUCAAGGUUUACCCAGUGAUGAAUUGUCCGUACAAAACGGUAUCAUUGUUGACCAAGCGAGUCGUUAUCCCUUACUAAUCGAUCCACAAGGGCAAGGAAAAUCAUGGAUAAAAAGUCGUGAGCAAAAGCAUGACUUGAUUAUAACUACGUUGUGGAAUAAGUAUUUCAGACAACACUUAGAAGAUGCUUUGUCAACUGGACGUCCAUUACUGAUUGAAGAUAUUGGCGAAGAUUUAGAUCCAGCAAUGGAUAAUGUACUGGAGAAAAAUUUUAUCAAACAAGGUUCAAUUCAUAAGGUAAAGAUCGCUGACAAAGAAGUUGACGUAUUACCUUGCUUCCGAUUGUAUAUUACAACCAAAUUACCCAAUCCAUCAUUUACACCUGAAAUAUCUGCUAGAACUUCUAUUAUUGAUUUCACAGUCACAAUGAAAGGUCUAGAAGAGCAAUUACUUGGACGUGUUAUACUUAGUGAACGACAUGAACUGGAGGCUCAACGUGUUCAAUUAAUGCUUGAUGUACAAUCGAAUAAAACAAAAAUUAAGGAACUAGAAGAUAAUUUAUUAUCACGUUUAGCAAGUGUACAAGGUUCACUGGUAGAUGAUGUUGAUUUGAUUGACGUAUUAAGUUCUACUAAAGUAACAGCUAGUGAUGUAUCAAGAAAGUUGGAAAUUGCCUCUGAAACUGAAAUGCAGAUAACUAGUGCCAGAGAAGAAUAUAGACCGAUCGCAACACGAGGUUCAGUAUUAUACUUUUUAAUUGUUGAAAUGAGCUUGAUCAACUGUAUGUAUCAAACAUCUUUACGUCAAUUUUUAGCGCUAUUCGAUCAGUCAUUAUCAAGAUCUGAAAAAUCUCCAAUUACCACGAAACGCAUUACGAAUGUGAUUGACUACAUGACUUACGAUGUAUGGAGAUAUAUUAUUCGUGGUUUGUAUGAAGUCGACAAAUCGACAUUUUCUCUCUUGUUAGCGUUAAAAAUCGAUAUGCAAGCUGGACGUGUUAGGCAUGAAGAAUUUCAGUGCUUUAUCAAAGGUGGUGCAUCUUUGGAUUUAAACACUGUUAAACCGAAACCGUUUAAAUGGAUUACAGAUAUGACUUGGUUGAAUUUAGUGGCUUUAUCAAGUUUAAAUCAAUUUGCUAGCAUUCUAGAUCAAGUUGUUAGUAAUGAACGUGGUUGGCGUCAGUGGACUGACAAAACUUCGCCUGAGUUAGAAAAUAUUCCAGACGGUUACCAAUCAAAUCUAGACACUUUCAGACGCCUUCUACUUAUUCGAGCCUGGUGCCCAGACCGUAUAACGAACCAAGCAAAUAUUUAUGUGGGUGACUGUUUAGGUAGAAAGUUCGCUGAAGGAUUUGUACUUGAUUUAGAUGGUGUCUACCAUGAGUCAACACCGCUUUGGCCAUUAGUUGGAUUACUUAGUACUGGUUCGGACCCCACUACGCAAAUAGAAUUAUUAGCCAAGAAAUACAGGGUUGAUUGUAAAAUAAUUUCUAUGGGCCAAGGUCAGGAAAUUCAUGCUAAACGUCUGGUCAGUAAUUUAUUAACAACAGGAGGAUGGAUACUACUCCAAAAUUGUCAUCUAUCAUUGGCAUAUGUUGCCGAAUUGUUAAGUCAAAUAACUGAAAUUGAACAUAUUCAUCCAGAAUUUCGUUUAUGGGUCACAACUGAAGUACACACUCAAUUUCCAAUUUCAUUUUUGCAAACCUCUAUUAAGUUUACAAAUGAACCACCUCAGGGUAUUAGAGCUGGUAUAAAACGAACAUAUGCAACGUUUACGCAAGACUAUUUAGAUAUUAAUAAUCGACCUCAAUGGAAACCAAUGAUCUACGCAAUAUCCUUCUUACAUACAACAGUACAAGAGAGACGGAAAUUUGGUUCGCUAGGUUGGAAUAUCGCCUAUGAAUUUAAUACAUCUGAUCUAAAUGCAAGUCUACAAUUUGUACAGAAUCAUUUGGACGAUAUGGAUCCCAAACUGGGAAUUGAUUGGAAAUGUGUCACAUACAUGCUUGGAGAAAUUCAGUAUGGCGGUCGAGUAACUGAUGAUUUCGAUAAUCGGCUUUUGAACACCUAUUGCAAAUUGUGGUUCAAUGAAAACUUAUUUAAUUCAGAAUUUGAAUUUGCACCAGGUUAUAAAAUUCCACAUGUGCAGAAAUUAAGUGAAUUUAUUAAUGCUAUUAACGAAAUCCCAUUAUAUGAUUCACCUCAAGCAUUUGGAUUACACGAAAAUGUUAACAUAACAUAUCAGAGUAAAAAGGCUAAAGUUAUUUUGGAUUGUAUAUUAAAUGUCCAACCAAAAGAUGCAAACACUGGCGCAUCAGAAACACGUGAAGAUGUAGUACGUCGUAUGGCUAUGGACAUGCUUGACAAAUUACCACCUAAUUAUAUACAAUUUGAAGUGAAUGAACGUUUGAAUCAAAUGGGUGCACUACAACCAAUGAAUAUCUUUCUACGUCAAGAAUUAAAUAGAAUACAAAAGUUACUUACAAUAAUGCGUGAAAAUCUUGUUGACUUAAAACUGGCUAUUGAUGGUACGAUUGUAAUGAGUGAACAGCUAAGACAAGCACUAGAUUGUAUGUAUGAUGCGAGAAUACCCAAUCAAUGGAAAAAGCUAUCAUGGGAAUCAUCUACAUUAGGAUUUUGGUUUACCGAAUUAAUUGAAAGAAAUCAUCAGUUUUAUGAAUGGUUAUACAAUGGACGCCCGGUAUGUUUUUGGAUGACAGGUUUUUUCAAUCCACAAGGAUUUCUUACAGCAAUCAGACAAGAGGUAACACGUAGCCAUAAAGGUUGGGCAUUGGAUACAGUUACAUUAUGGAAUGACGUAACUAGAUUUAUGAAAGAUGAUAUUCAACGUCCACCGACUGAAGGUGCAUAUAUUCAUGGAUUAUUUUUAGAAGGUGCUGAAUUUGACCAAAAGAAUUUGCGUCUAACUGAAUCGAAACCAAAAAUAUUAUAUCAACCAAUGCCGGUUAUUCAUAUACAGGCUGUGGAUAUAUCUAAGGACAAAGAGAUAUCCAAAGAAAUGCUGAAAAACUUCUAUGUAUGUCCAGUGUAUAAAAAACCAUGUCGAACAAACCUAACCUAUGUUACUUCACUCUAUUUACGUUGUCCGCCUAACAAAUCAGUUGAUCAUUGGGUAUUAAGAGGUGUAGCCUUGUUGUGCGAUAUAAGAUGA